AUUAUCCUCUCCCCAUCUCCUCUUCUUCUUCUUCUUCUUCUUCCCCUACUCUUACCCCUCACUUUUCCCUGUCUUUUUUCCGACCACUUCAACUACUGGGUUGUUGAGAAUUUUCUUUCUCAUGACGGACUAUCGACUGCCGCCGCCCAUGCCCAUGAAUCUUUGGACAGACGACAACGGAUCGGUCAUGGAGGCUUUCAUGAGCUCCGAUCUUACUGGUCUGUGGCCGCCUUCACAGUCUUCUGCAUCCACCUCCACCCCACCAAUACCCGACCCAUCUAAGGCCCUGGCCCAAUCGCAGCCGCAGGUCCCGCCUUUUAACCAGGAGACCCUCCAGCAGCGGCUUCAGGUUCUGAUUGAGGGCGCUCGCGAGAGCUGGACCUACGCGAUUUUCUGGCAGUCGUCUUAUGAAUACCCCGGAGCUGCUGUUCUUGGGUGGGGAGAUGGGUAUUAUAAAGGGGAGGAAGAUAAAGGGAAACGGAAGUUGAAGACGUCAUCGUCAGCUGCCGAGCAGGAUCACCGUAAGAAAGUUCUCCGAGAGCUUAAUUCAUUGAUUUCUGGCCCUUCAGCCCCCACCGACGAUGCCGUCGACGAGGAGGUUACCGACACCGAGUGGUUCUUUCUGGUUUCUAUGACGCAGUCUUUCGUCAACGGAAGUGGGUUGCCCGGUGAGGCGUUCUUCAAUUCUAGCCCCGUAUGGGUCGCCGGGAUGGAGCGGCUGGCGUGUUCGUCGUGUGAGCGGGCUAGGCAAGGGCAGGUGUUCGGGCUGCAAACGAUGGUGUGCAUACCGUCGGCGAAUGGGGUUGUUGAAUUGGGGUCUACGGAGCUGAUCCUGCAGAGCUCUGAUCUGAUGAAUAAGGUUCGUGUGCUGUUUAAUUUCAAUAAUGGUAUGGAUGCCAGUAGGUGGUCGAUGAGCACGAAUCCGGAUCAGGGUGAAAACGAUCCUUCUUCCCUCUGGAUAAACGAUCCCACAAAUGGAAUUGAAAUCAAGGAGAACAAUAACAUUGGAAUUGCUCCUGGUUCUGGGUUAAAUAGUAGUAACAGUAAUCCUAGCGUUCAGAAUCAGCAAGUCUCCAAGACGAUUCAGUUUGAUAAUCCCAGUUCCAGUUCUUUAACUGAGACUCCUAGUUCCAUUCAUGUUCAAAAUCAUCAGCCCCAGCAUCAGAAUCAGAGUUUUUGCCUAAAUUUCUCCGAGUAUGGGUUUGAAGGGAGCAGCGUGAGGAAUGGGAAUUCUCAUUUCUUGAAGCCGGAGUCUGGAGAGAUACUGAGUUUCGGUGAGAGUAAAAGGAGUUCCUGUAGUGGGAAUGGGAAUGGGAACGGGAACUUGUUUUCUGGCAAUUCUCAGCUUUUGGUUGAGGAGAAUAAGAAGAAGAGGUCACCAACAUCAAGAGGGAGCAAUGAAGAAGGGAUGCUCUCUUUUACUUCGGGUUCUGCUGUCGUCUUACCAUCUUCUGGGGUGAAAUCAAGCGGUGGAGCUGGUGAUUCAGACCAUUCUGAUCUCGAAGCUUCUGUAGUCAAGGACGCUGAUAGCAGCAGAGUUGUCGAAACUGAAAAGAGGCCACGAAAACGGGGAAGAAAACCUGCAAAUGGUAGAGAAGAGCCAUUGAAUCAUGUUGAAGCAGAGCGUCAAAGAAGAGAGAAACUUAACCAGAGAUUCUAUGCACUGCGUGCUGAGGUUCCUAAUGUGUCCAAGAUGGACAAAGCAUCUUUACUUGGUGAUGCCAUUUCAUAUAUUAAGGAGCUCAGAGGAAAGCUUCAAAGCGCAGAGGCAGAGAAGGAGGAGCUGCAGAGGCAAUUGGAUGCCACGAAGAAGGAAUUGUCUAACAAAAAUUCACGGUCAUCACAGCCACCUGAUCAUGAGCUCAAGAUGUCAAGCAAUGGAAGCAAGUAUAUAGACAUGGACAUUGAUGUGAAGAUAAUCCAAUGGGAUGCUAUGAUCCGAAUCCAGUGCAGUAAAUCCAACCAUCCUGCAGCAAGGCUGAUGGCAGCAUUGAGGGAGCUAGAUCUUGAGGUUAAUCAUGCUAGUGUAUCAGUGGUGAAUGAUUUGAUGAUACAACAAGCUAAUGUGAAGAUGGUGAGUCGGGUGUACACACAGGAGCAGCUCAAGAUGGCCUUGAUAUCCAAAGUUGGUGGUGAGGGUCGAUAGUGAAAAUAGAGCCAGAGCAGAGCUUCAUCCAAUCAAGCAUUUGGAAGAGCUUCUCAUGGUCAUAGAAGCUGUGUUUCAUGGUCAAAGAUACUUAAUUUAGUCUCUGGAAAUUUUCAUGGUCAGCGAUACUUAGGUCUCUGGGAAAUUUUAAGGUUCCCAGGAGUGCAAGCUCUGUACCAUAUUCUUGUAUUUUUUGUUGUUAGUAUGUAGUGUGGUAGUAGUUUGAGGUGAUCUGAACUUAUGGAGGUGAGUCUGUUAAUGUUGUAUAAAUCCCAAAGACUAGAACAUUGAUAUGCUCGAUCAAGUGAAAGUAGCCAUUUCGAGUCAAAUUUUAGUUUUGUUUUCAAUGUAUAUAAGCUUAUUUAUAUUGUUAUAAAAUCAAACUUGAUGA